GGUUCCGAGGUGCAGUGCUCCAUUUUACAGCUUCCUCUGUUUCGAGAUGCACGUUGAUAUGUCACAUGGUCUUUGAACUUGUUUGGCUAAUUCAUGACCACAACCACAAUAAACAUAUGUGAGGUGUUGGUAGUGUUGUGAUGGGGGAAGAACAAACAAAGUUUAAUCUGGUUUGCUCAUCAAGAGAGUGGUUUUGAAAAAAAAAAAAAAAAUGAGGCGAUAAAAGGACUGUAGAAGACAAUAAAAAAAAAAAAAAAGCUUUCUGUGCAGUCGGACUGUGCGACGAUGCUUGUGUUAAGAGUUGUCUUGUUUCUGAGUCUGGCUACUGCACUGCACGCCACCGACGGAGGUCCACCAAACAAAGUCCGGGUGGGUCGUAAAGGUGGACAUAAGAGAAGGACAGUGAAACUGGUGGUGGAAAAUUUCCUGCAUGAAUCAGGCGAUUUGAUGGUCGCCGAUUCUGUCCCAAAUUUUGCCAACAUCUCUCUCUCACCAUGGACUUACAAAGAGUCCCUUGUGCCAUCUCGUCUCCCUCGGGUGCUCUCCGAUGCACGUUGUCUAACUUCCGCUUGUCUCAACCAAGACAGUGGAGAGGAGGAUGCAACCUUAGAGGUCAAACCUAUCAAGUACCAGGUCUUGGUUCUGCACAGAGUUUCAAACCAAAGGUCAAAUAGCAACUUGACAAAGAAGAAGAAAAAGAAAAUGAAGUUCAGACUAGAAAUACAAACGAUCACAGUGGGUUGUACAUGCGUAAGGCGCACUGUUUGACUUGCUUGUCACUUUCAUUGUUACUAAGCUGGAAUCAUUUUGCCUCCUCCAGUUGUUUAAGAUGAAAAACUUGUACAUGAAAAAAUAAAACUUGAAACUGAAAAUAAAUGUGUUGAGCUUGAAACUUGAAAAAAUAAACAAGAUGUAUUAAAAAUA